AUGUUCUCCGUCUCUUGCUGCAAGAAUCAAUCGAGGCAAGAAAUGCUCGAUGGCUUUGGCUUCUGUCCUCAUUAUAGUCAGAUCGCGCCUUUACGGUCGUUUGCAGAAAUUUAUCAGGAUCUCGUCGCUGGCCCAAAAUCAGAAGAUGUUGUUGCCGCUUCACUAAUCCAAUUAUUCGACACGGCUCGGGAAAAGCUCAAUUCUGCAGAAGAACUGCACAACUUUUUUGCUGGUAUCCCAACGCUCUUCGUUGACAAAGGAGAAAUUGAGGAGGACGCCACCUCGACUGCAACACUACAUCGGCGCUCCGUCUUUGGGUUCUUCUGUCGACGAUGCUUUUUAAGCUUCUUGAAACUUUCGUUCAAUGGCGUUGGAAAGCUUCAAAAGGAAUACGAGGCCUGGGGACGUGGGACUCCCAUCCUUUUUCAUGAAUUUCCGAUGAUUAAGGCAGACCUACAUAAUGACACGCAGAUUUUCAGAACAUCAAGCGACAAAAUCAGCUGGGCGCAGCCAGGACUCUACGCCAGAUGGCAAGCAUCGUUGUCAGCAGGCGACGAACAUGCUGCCAUUGAAAAUCUGCGCAAGUACUUUGAGCAGCAUUUCCACGACAACGACUUAGGGUUUCGACAACAUGCGCUGCUGAAUCUAGUUAGAAUGCAUUACCUCCGGCAAGAGUUUGGGGCUGCACAAACGCUUUUAUCGGAGGCAAUUGGGGUCGCUCGCACGAACAACGAUAAGGUUACGCUGGCCUAUUGCGUAACUCUGCAAAAUCGCCUUCCCCCCAAGAUUGAAGGUCGUCGACCCGUUUUGAAUCAAAUCCAAGCGGAUGUCCACCCUCUUGAAAUCUUAUUUGAUGUGACGAAACUCAUGGACGAACAAAACGCAACUCCUACUUUCUUGCGCUUCAAACUUGACCUCAUGCCACUGGAGUCCUUGACCAUUGGCUCGACAAUCAACCCAUUGCGCCUCGUGACAGCGACCAAUGGGCACAGCACGCGGUCCAGCUGCGAGCGAAUAGCGGCAAUUGAAGAAAAUAUUGUCGCCGCAUUCACAGAUGUUGGCGGGAGUGACAACAACCGCAUCACAACGAUACUCAACCAAGCAUACCGAGCAAGUUUUACGUGGAGUCUGGCUGCUCUAUUACACCCCAACGUGUGGCGCAGUCUUUCGCUCGUAGAAUAUGGUCAAUGGGCUCAAGAAAUCUGGCACAUUCUUGUUUUGUGGGCGACGCGACGGGGUCAAGAUCGCGCAUAUCGUGAUAUUCUGCUACCUAGGAAACCACCUGGAGAGUAUAAGACACGCCAUUAUUUGCUCGACACUGAGGGCAUUAAACUCCCUAAAAUCGAGGAUCCUUUGUGGGAGGUGAUUCAAAUGCAGCAUUGUGGCCAAGCGGCUAACACCAUGGAUGGACUGCUAACAUCACUGUGGCAUGCCGAGUUCCUGGGACGAUUGAAUGUCUACCGGACUGGAAUGAUCCUAUUUGCAGAUGUCGGGAAAGCAUUUGGAAUGACCAAACGUUCUCGAAAGAUGAUGGAAGACAUAAUGCCCCAAAUUAUUCUGGGAACUGAUCUCGAGCAACGAGCUCUGGGAUGCUUUACGAUGGCGCGAAGUAUCAUCGUCGCUGAGGAUGAACCUAAACCCGAGGCCCUUGAAAAAGCUCUUCCCUAUUUCUUGCAAGCGGAACAAGACUAUGUCGCCAUAUCGAUGCACCAAGCGGUCAUGGAUGUCCAAUAUUUCCUUGCAAUUGUUUACGAAAACAUGGGCAGGAGAGCUGAUAGUGAAGAAGCUGCUCGACGACAUUUCGCCACUGAAGCUCUGUUGAAAGAGGUCGGGGCGCUAAGCGAUGGGUUUGGGGAGGUUAUGGCAGCUGUUCAGCAUCCAAACGCGUCAACCGAACUCAUGGAUGGCGCACCGGUUGAAGAAGACUUCUCAACUUUAAGCGUCUCGGAACGACUGCAACACAAGAACUGGAAAGCACGAGUCAGUGGUUAUGAGGCGUUGGUCAAGACUUUCGAAAGCACUGCUUCGGACGACGAUCCGGCAUUCAGACCAUACAUCAACAACACAGAGCUGCUGAAGAAGAUUGCCACGGACUCAAAUGCAGUGGCACAGGAGAAGGGCGUAGAGUGUCUUGUAGCUCUCGUCAAAUAUGCGGGAGAAACUGCUGCUAAGACUCGAGAUGGUGUGGUACCAGCCUUGGUCGAUAAGUGUUUUGGAUCCACGCGAGCUGGUACCAAGAACCAAGCGAUCGAGUUGGCACUACAGUACGUCGAGGUCGAGAAUGGUGGUGCCGGUGUUGUUGGCGAUAUUCUUCCUGGACUGGCGGCCAAACAACCUAAAGCAGUGGCAGGAACAGUUUUGGCGUUGAAAGAGAUUGUUCGACUUUUUGGUGUCCAAACAACUCCACCUCCUCCAAUCCUCAAGGCACUCCCAAAGAUAUUUGGUCACAGCGACAAGACUGUUCGUGCAGAAGGAACUGCACUUACACAUGUCUUAUAUCAAUAUCUGGGACCUGGUCUCGAGCCAUGGCUUGCAGAUCUAAAGCCAGUACAAGUUAAGGAGUUGAAGGAAGCGUUCGAAUCAAUGGAAUCAAGUGGCAAGGGCAAGGGUACCGUCAAACCUGAGCGACUAACGCGUGCGCAUGCUCGAGAUGCUGCAGUUGCCGGUGAACAAGGUGAAGAAGCUGCAGAAAAUCAAGAGGAGGAAGAGCCCGUUGCUCUUGAUCCUCGUGCCUUUGCUGAGCCGGUUGACAUCAAGCUUCCAUCGUCGUUACAGGCGAUGCUCACGUCGUCAAAAUGGAAAGAGCGCAAGGAAGUGCUAGACGAGCUUCUUACGCUGCUGAACUCCACGCCGCGCAUUAAAGACGGCCCCGAAAUUGGAGAUUUAUCGAAAUCUUUGGCUGUUCGUAUUCAAAGUGAUGCGAACGUAAACUGUGUGAUGACCGCUGCCGCCUGCAUGGAAGCUCUCGCCAAGGCAAUGCUUGGAUCAUUUGCUCGAUAUCGGGAAACUGUCGUAGGACUCAUGCUGGAGCGUAUGAAGGAAAGGAAGGCGACGGUCACCGACACAAUUGGUGGUGCACUAGAUGCAGUAUUUGCCACGACAACGCUGCCGGAUAUUAUUCCAGAUCUGGGACCCGCUCUCAACUCGAAGAACCCUCAGGUCAAAGAGGGCACACUUAAAUUUCUCGGCAGGUGUCUUACCACUGCUACUACACCAAUCCAAACUGGUCAGAUCAAGUCGCUGGCAGAGACAUUGGCGUCCCUACUCGAAGAUGGCUUUGAAGGCGCACGAAAUGAGGCAGCCACAUGUCUCGGCACGUUGAUGAAGAUGGUGGGGGAAAGACCGUUGAACCCAGUGAUGGAAGGACUAGCGGAUGUUCGGAAGGCCAAGGUCAAAGAAGCGUUUGAAAAAGCGACAGUCAAGUCCAAGGCUGGUGGUGGUUCAGCGCCAGCCAAAACUGCGCCACCAGCGGCGGCCGCCCCUCCUGCAAAGAAGAAACCAACUCCUACUCCAAAGGCUGCCCCUGUUGAAGAGAUCGUCGAGGCUCCCAAGAAGCCGGCUGCAAAGCCUCCAGCAGCCAAACCUCCCCCUGCCAAGAAACCCGCCGCUCCUCCGACUGCGGCUCCUGCUAAGAAGGCACCUGCCCCAUCUUCAGCUGGCAAACCGUCCAAAGCUGCUGCGCCACCAGCGGCUGGGGGUCUUGACACAUUCAAGUACAAACAUACGCCAGAAGAUGCAGAAGCCCUCGCAAACGACAUCAUCCCAUCCUCUAUACUGACCGACUUGGCUGAUAGCAAAUGGAAGACCCGACUAACAGCGCUAGAGGAAAUGACUACCUGGAUUGAGGGUGUUAUUGACGAAUUAGACGCUGAGGUCAUUGUGCGCGCUGUGGGGAAGAAAGGCUGGGGAGACAGCAAUUUCCAGGUGGUCCUGAAAAUAUACGGAAUUUCUUAUGAACCUUUGGGGAAACAAAAGGCUCCCAAAGUUCUUGCGGACGCAUUGACUUGGGUCAAUACUGCCCUCGUCGAGUUUGGAAUCGCAGGAUUAUCAUUACGAGGCCUGAUCGAAUUCCUCAAGACAGCUUUACAGAACUCGAAUGCGGCGGUCCGAACCAAUGCGACUAAGACACUUGUGACCGUCAAACUCUUCGCCGGUUCAAGCAUCAAAGACUUUUUGGAGGAUCUCAACCCACAGCUUCUCAACACUAUCAAUUCAGAAUUUGACAAAGUCGAAGGUCAAACGGCGCCAGAACCAAGUCGAACGUCAGCUGACCUCGCGAACAUGGCAACUUCGGCCUCGACGUCUAACGGAGCUGCUGGCGGAAGCGAUCCGCUGGAUGAUCUAUUUCCGCGCGUCGAAAUUGAUGGGCUUCUCAAAGGCACAACAAUCCUUGCUGAUGCAAAGAGCGAAUCGUGGAAGACAAAAAAGGAAGCUCUUGAGGGCUUGCAAGGGAUUCUAGACCAAGGAAGCAACAAGCGUCUCAAAGGAAAUAUGGGGGAUAUUGGGCAGGUUUUGAAAGCGAGAGUAACCGACACAAACAAGGCCGUGCAAACUUUAGCGCUCGACAUUGUCGCUCGCAUUGCGACAGGGAUGGGAAAGCCAUUCGAGAAGCAUAGUCGCUUAUUCGUCCAGCCAGUAGCUUCGGUUCUAGCCGACCAAAAGGCACCCAUUAGAGCUGCUGCUCUUCAAACGUUAACCGCAAUGGCUUCUGCGUGUGAAGUGCUUGACUCUAUGGUUUCUGGACUUCAAACCGCAUUGGAAGCGACGAACCCAUUACAAAAGGGUACUUUAAUGCAUUGGAUUGCUGAUUGGUUCCGUGAACACGAAGCAACCUCGACUCUCGAUCUUACCAGUUGGACAUCAGUAAUCGUAGGAGCCUUGGACGAUCGUAAUGCAGAUGUUCGCAAAGGUGCUCAAGCUCUACUUCCGACUUUGAUAGCAUCAGCCGGAUACGACCACGUGAUUCAUCAAACCAAUUCCCUCAAACCCGCGUCGCGCAACACUGCCGUACCUCUCAUACAAGCAGCGCGUCCUGCAGUUUCUUCCGCGCCUCCAGCCAAGCCUCCAGCCUCUAAACCAGCGCCAAAGGCCGCACCUCCACCUAUUUCGGCUAGGACGUCUGUCACUCCUCCUCCAGAGUCGCCACCACCCACCUCAGCCCCCAAACCGGCCAAUAAAUUGGGAAUCCGGCGGAAAAUACCGGGGCCUAAUCGGCCUGACUCACGUGCAGAAACUCCUGUUGAUGUUCCUGCUCGAUCCAGCAAGAUUACUGCACCAGGACUUCGUCGGCCUGGUCAGGUGGUGGGAGCAAGCAAGCCUUCUACUCCAUCCACUCCUCCACCAUCAACGUCCCUCGCCUUUUCCGGGACGAAUCUCGACGUCAAGAAAAAUCGUUGUGGUAAAGAUUCCAGCAAAUGGAUUAACGAAGGCGGACCGACUCGAAAGGACCUCGCCGAUUUGCUCCAGUCCCAAAUGGAACCAUAUGCUUCGAAAGAGCUUAUUGCUCAGCUCUUCAGCCACGAUCAUAACGCUGUUAACGACCACAUUGCGGGACUCACGGCCAUGUCCGAUCUCUUCGCCGGUGCGCAGGAUGAUCCAGCUGCGGAAGCCAUAUGUCUUGCAAAUUUUGACUUGGCCGUCAAAUACGCUUCAAUUAAGCUUCAUGAACCCCAGCCAAACCUAGUCUCCAAGUGUUUGGAAGUCGUUGAGGCUGUAUCGUCCUUCCUGCGAGCAGUUAGCUAUCAGUUGACUGACAACGAGGCGCUCUGCUUUGUACCGACCAUAGUCUACAAGCUUGGUGAUGCUCGUGAGCCCGUCAGGGUCCGGGUACAGCAAAUCAUCCAAGACCUGCCUAGAGUGUAUGCUUACAGCCGCGUUUUCCAUUUACUCCUAGAAUAUGGCCUCAAGUCCAAGGUGGCCAAGACCCGACAAGGCGCGCUUGAUGAGCUCGCUGGGAUACUGAAGAAGUCUGGAAUGAGUGCUUGUGAACCAGCGAAGGCGUUUCCAGUGAUUGGUGGGAUGAUAGCAGACAAAGAUUCGCAGGUGCGCAAGUCCGCUUUGUCCGUCCUGAGUGAGGGUUAUACACUUGUGGGAGAAAAAGUAUGGAGUUUGGUCGGGCCGUUGCCUCCCAAAGACAAGACACAACUUGAAGAACGACUUCGUCGUGUUGCAGGACCCAGUUCGGAAGCCUCCGCUAUUCCUGCUCAUGUGACUAGAAUAGGUAUUCCUCGACCUGGCUCCCCGGCGACUGGCUCGCGUAUCGGCGGACUUGGUCGUCCUUCUAGUCCGUCUGGAAUAAAACUUCCGAGAUCUGCCUCGCCGGGGCCCGCCAAUUUACCCAGAGCUGCUUCGCCUGUCCGCCCAUCAGCUGGGCUGCCAAUACCUACUUCCCCUACCAGUGGCAUUGCACGUCCGAAAAGCAUGCUUCCAUCGCGAUUUGGUUUACCUCGACCCAAACCUGCGGUACCUCCAGAUGGUCGUGUGCCAUCUCCGCAUCCUGUUUCUCCACCGCCAGAAGAAGAGCGCAAAGAAGAACCCCAUCAUGCUGACGGCCCUGAUGCCAUCACAAUUACCAUAUCGGGCAUCCUUAGCAGCGAUCCAGCCAGGAGUGUUGACGCUCUAAAGAAAAUCCAGAAAAUAUUAUCUGUCGGUCCGGAAGCCGGUCCUGAGUCUCCACAGUAUCGAGAGCUUGCGGAACAUACCGAGGGUCUCAUUGAAACUAUCACGCUCCAAAUGGCCCACGUAUUCGACCGCCCUGAAGAUCUUAUACCCGACGACAACUUUAGACUGGCAAAACAUCUCAUUCAGACACUGAAUACAUUCUGCGACCAUCCAUUCCUUGCAGAAUCCCUCACCGUGGAUAUAUUGACUUCAUUGUUGGAAGAGCUCACCCUUCGCCUCCUCGAAACUGAUGACAGCUCAGUCAAAAAAGUCAAGGACCUGUCUCGCUUCAUCAACAUGAUAAUCCUCCGACUGUUUUCAACAGGCCGCAGGAUGUCCAUAUUCCGGGCUUUAUUUGCUCUCCUGUUGCAAAUUGUGAAGCCAUUCCCCGCCAAUGGCACACCACCCGAUUCUAAAGAGGCCAAAGUCGCUGAACUUGUGUUGAAGUGCGUCUGGAAGCUUGCUCGCAAUAUUCCACAAGACCUGAAAGAGGAGCGACUUGAUCCUGUGGAGCUAUUCCCUGCUAUCGAGCAAUUCCUCCAAUCAGUUCCUCCAAAUGAGUGGAGAGCCCGGGCAACUAACAAGGUCCCAUGUGGUGAUAUGCCCUUGCGGACAAUCAAGGUCAUAAUACAACAUGUUGUCGCCUUCUAUGGUGACGAUGUUUACGACUUACUAUCGGCCUCUUUUGACGACCCCUCCGCCACUAUUGUGUACCCAUACGUUUAUCGCAUCCUCAACUCUAAUGCGCGAGCUGCUGCUGCUGCUGGUGUCGAACCUCCUCUUCGUCACAACGGUGACCACCAUCCACGAUCAGCCUCACCUGCUUCUAGUCGACCGAUGUCUCCCCAGGAGACUGCUUCACAACACCACUCUUCACCCAGUCGACCAACAAGCGUUUCCAGCCAUGCGGACAGUGGACCUCCCCCAACUCACGCCGAAGAACCAGAUCCUGAUGCCCAAUUGCUGGUCAUUAUUGGUCACAUAUCGAGUGAGACGACUGGCGCGUUACACAAGGAAGGCAUCACAGAGCUCCAUCACUUCCUCAAGGCGUAUCCUCAUAAACGGCCGCGAGUUGAUAAGUUGCUCGAUUCUACUGGCGCUGCUUUCCGGAAAUAUAUCACGCGGGCAUUGGCAAGUCGAGCAGCCGAAGACCAGGAAAGGGAGGCGGCUGUUGCCGACACCCUGCAGAAACUCGAGUCUAAUACGCGACCUGGCUCGCCCACAUCCCCGGCAACGUCAGAACCUCCUCAGCCUCGAUCACCCCGACAGUCGGGCUCUGCUGACCAAGAGAAGCUUUCGAGACUGCACAAUCUAUUCCAAUAUCGGUCAAGUACGUUGAGCAACGGUCCACGGACAUCCCAGUAG